CGCGAGCAGCGGCGCCCGCCCUCAGAGGGGCGCUGGCGCGCGGGCUGAGCCAGCGGGAUCCGCUGAGCCCCGGGCCGCGUCGGCUGGAGGGCAGCGCGGCACGGCGCGGCGGGCAAUGAGCGUUCCCCGGGGCGAAGGCCCGGAGGCGGGCGCCGGCGAGGCCGGAGUGCGCCCGCCGCCCGAGGCCCCCGGCGGCGCACUGAGUGUGGACGUGCCGGGGCUCCUGACGCAGCUGGCGCGCGGCUUCGCGCUGCUGCUGCCGGUGUACGCGCUUGGCUACCUGGGGCUGAGCUUCAGCUGGGUGCUGCUGGCGCUCGGGCUGAUCGCCUGGUGCCGUCGCCGCCGCGGCCUCAAGGCCGGACGCCUGUGCCGCGCGCUGGCGCUACUGGAGGACGAGGAGCGCGCUGUGCGGCUGGGCGUGCGCGCCUGCGACCUACCGGCCUGGGUUCAUUUUCCAGACACUGAAAGAGCAGAAUGGCUAAAUAAGACUGUAAAACACAUGUGGCCUUUUAUUUGCCAAUUUAUAGAGAAGUUAUUCCGAGAAACCAUAGAACCUGCGGUGCGGGGAGCCAACACCCACCUUAGCACCUUUAAUUUCACGAAGGUUGACAUGGGUCAGCAGCCCCUCAGGAUCAAUGGUGUUAAGGUGUAUACUGAAAAUGUAGACAAGAGGCAAAUUAUUCUGGACCUCCAGAUUAGUUUUGUAGGAAAUUGUGAGAUUGAUUUGGAGAUAAAACGAUAUUUUUGUAGAGCUGGUGUGAAAAGUAUACAGAUUCAUGGUACAAUGCGGGUGAUCCUGGAACCAUUGAUUGGAGACAUGCCCUUAGUUGGAGCUUUGUCUGUCUUUUUCCUUCGGAAACCACUUUUAGAAAUUAACUGGACAGGACUGACUAAUCUUCUGGAUAUCCCUGGAUUAAAUGGUUUAUCAGACACUAUCAUUUUGGAUAUAAUUUCAAAUUACCUGGUGCUUCCCAAUCGUAUCACUGUUCCUCUUGUCAGUGAAGUCCAAAUCGCUCAGUUGCGGUUCCCUGUACCAAAGGGUGUUCUAAGGAUACAUUUUAUUGAAGCUCAGGAUCUUCAGGGGAAAGAUACUUAUCUUAAGGGACUUGUCAAGGGGAAGUCAGACCCUUAUGGAAUCAUUCGAGUCGGCAGCCAGAUCUUCCAAAGCAAGGUCAUCAAAGAGAACCUGAGUCCAAAGUGGAAUGAGGUGUAUGAGGCUUUAGUCUAUGAACAUCCUGGCCAAGAAUUAGAGAUUGAGCUCUUUGAUGAAGACCCAGACAAGGACGACUUUUUAGGAAGUCUUAUGAUCGAUCUUAUUGAAGUUGAAAAGGAGCGCCUUUUAGAUGAAUGGUUCACUCUGGAUGAGGUGCCCAAGGGCAAGCUGCACUUGAGACUGGAGUGGCUCACCUUGCUGCCAAACGCGUCCCACCUGGACAAGGUGCUCACAGACAUCAGAGCCGACAAAGACCAAGCCAACGACGGUCUUUCCUCUGCGCUGCUGAUCUUGUAUUUGGAUUCCGCAAGGAACCUUCCGUCAGGGAAGAAAAUAAACAGCAAUCCAAAUCCUCUUGUCCAAAUGUCAGUUGGGCACAAAGCUCAGGAGAGUAAGAUUCGAUACAAAACCAAUGAACCUGUGUGGGAGGAAAACUUCACUUUCUUCAUUCACAAUCCCAAGCGCCAGGACCUUGAAAUUGAGGUCAGAGACGAGCAGCACCAGUGCUCCCUGGGCAGCCUGAAAGUCCCCCUCAGCCAGCUGCUCGCCAGCGAUGACAUGACCCUGAACCAGCGAUUCCACCUCAGCAACUCAGGCCCCAACAGCACCAUCAAAAUGAAGAUUGCCCUCAGGGUACUCCAUCUCGAAAAGCAAGAAAAGCCCCCAGACCACCAACAUUCAGCUCAAGUAAAACGGCCCUCUGUUUCCAAAGAAGGGAGGAAAAUCUCUGUCAGGUCUCAGAUGUCUGCAUCUCCAGGCCCCAGUGGAAGCAGCACAUCUCCAUCCACCCCAGUCCUUGGGGGUAGUGAGAAGCCCAGUAUGGAAGAAAGAGCCCAGCUGCCUGAGGCCGGCCCUCAGGGCCCACAGGACCUGGGCAGGAGUUCCUCCAGCCUGCUGGCGUCCCCGAGCCACAUCUCGGUCAAGGAACCUACCCCAAGCAUAGCCUCGGACAUCUCUUUGCCGAUCGCCACCCAGGAGCUGCGGCAGAGGCUGAGACAGCUUGAGAAACUGGAAAAUGAUGGAGUGGAGGAUUUCCCCAUAGGAAGAAGGGAACAUGGCGUCGUGCUCUGCUGUGCCCCACACCCCACCCAUACUGUGCUCACUGUGGUCACUGGCAAAGGGCGCAGCUCUGUCUCUCUGCAGGACUCUUCUCUGGUUUGUGUUGUAAGAAAUCUCAUUGCCUUCUCGGAAGACGGCUCUGACCCAUACGUACGCAUGUAUUUAUUACCAGACAAGAGGCGGUCAGGAAGGAGGAAAACACAUGUGUCCAAGAAAACGCUGAAUCCAGUGUUUGAUCAGAGCUUUGACUUCAGUGUCUCGUUACCUGAAGUGCAAAGGAGAACGCUGGAUGUUGCAGUGAAGAACAGCGGUGGUUUCCUGUCCAAAGACAAAGGGCUUCUCGGCAAAGUAUUGGUGACGCUGGCAUCUGAAGAACUCGCCAAGGGCUGGACCCAGUGGUACGACCUCACAGAAGACGGGACGCGACCACACGUGGUGACCUAGCCAUGCAGGCACAAGGCACCCUCCCCAUCUCUGCACAGAGCACAUCCCUAUCACAGACGCACCAACCUUAUUUUUAUAAUUUUGUGUAUUUAGUUAUAUAUACCUUAACAGUUUUAUAAAAUUGUUGAUAUCUUAGGCAGAUUUGGCCAAUAUUAUCAUUAAAUUUUAUAUGUUAAGUUUCCCCUGGUCUUUCAGCUGUUGCUGGGAUGUGCAGCUGGCCAGUGGGUAGCGUCACCUUCUGUAGAACUCAGCUUCCAUUGCCCUUCUGGAUCACAGACCUACCUGUGCUAUACUAUUGCCUUGUUUUACAUAUCACUGAGAUAUACUAUGCCAUGUAUAUAGACUCUAUUUUUUAUAAUCUCUACAUGCUGGUUUGAAUUCAGAAGAAAAUAGAUCAAGGAAAUAUAUAUAUUUUCUUCAAAGACUUAUUAAAUUCUUGUGACAAAUAAUCAUUUUCAUCUUUGCAGCAAAAAUUUCUCAGUGACCUAUUUUGUGGUGUUUCUUUUUAAAAAGAAAAACUGAAAGAUUAUUAAAUAUUAGUAUAUUUCUGUUCAUUAUGAAUAAUAAAGUAUUCAAAUGUUAACAUUUUCAUAAAUAUAAAGAUGUAUUAUUGAGAUGUAAGUCAAAGGGCUUACAAGGAGAAAUGUUUUAUCACUGAGUAAUAUAAAAUAUUUAGAGCUUUGACAUGAGUUCUUAAAUCAUAAUGUACUAAUCUGAAAAACAUGUAUAAAUGAUGUGUCUUGAGUUUAUUUUAA